AUGAAGAAGUUCAAUAUCAGAAAAGUGCUAAACGGCUUGACUGCUUCGUCUUCCUCUGCAUCUCCACAACCGGGAACUAAUCAAAACGAUGUGAUCCAAGAGACGCUACAAUCGGAGCAUUUUCAGCUCUGCAAGGUGGGCUACGGUUAACUAAGCCGGCGACGGUUGUUUUGCUGGGAAUCAUUGAAGAUAACAGCGCGUGAUUUCUAAAACAUUGACGUUAGCUAGGCAGUUUUCUGUGUGUCAAUAGUAGUUUGUAUUAUUGUUAUUUGUGUCUAUGCUGAUAUUGCAUUGGUGCUGAUCUUGUAGUUAGGGGGUAGACAGCUAGCUACUAGUCUUGCUAGUUGUCAAACCAGCAGAGGAAUGUAUUGGUAAUCAACUGACUGUCUCUCACGGUCCCCAUUUCUGGAAAUGCCAUUGGCUACAGCUUCAUCCCACCGCUGCCAAACUAGCUAGCUAAAUGACGCCAGGCCUUUGACUAUUCGUAUCCACAACAGCCAGCCAUAAAUGAAAACGGAAUAAUCCAGUUUCUCUGGAUUAUAAAUAGAUAACUAGGUCAUCCAGACAUUGUUGUUGGCUAGCUAGCUAGCUAACAAACUACAGCAGCUGCCCAAUGAUCUGACAGAGAGAGAACCUAGCUUGUUGUCAAGUUAGCUACCUUACUAGAAAUAUGUGGCUUUUUUGGUUCUGAGAAAAAGGGACACACUCAGCUAGAUAUGGAUUUAAACUGAGCAUUAAUCGUUGGUAUUUAGACGAUGAAUGCCUCUCAAUGUCAGACAGUUUCCUGGUUAUAUAAAACAUGAGAUGACAUAACAGUACUACAGUACUUCACUAUGUCUGUGAAAGAGUGCAUCUGGAUGUAAUGUAGCAGCUAGCUAAAACAGAUUGUGUUCUUCCUCUCUCCUCCAGACUGUGCGCCAUGGCUUCCCCUACCGGCCCUCCUCCAUGGCCUUUGACCCUGUGCAGAAAAUUCUGGCCAUCGGGACACAGAGUGGAGCU